UUUCUAUCUUCAUAUAUUUCUAUCUGCAUUUCAUCAGCACUUCCUCCACAAUGGUUGACAAUGAGAUUCGUGGCCGUCUGGCUCUCAUCACCGGUGCUUCGGGCGGGAUUGGCGCUGCCUGUGCUCGCGAUCUGUUCGCUCAGGGCGCCCACCUCGCCCUGACGUACGCCUCGCGCCGUGACCCCGUCGACGCCCUGAUCGCCGAGCUGCGCGCGCAGGACCCGGCCCGUCGCCUGUCCGCCCACCAGGUUGACGUCGCCAGCGCCGAGCAGAUUGAACGCGUCUUCGUCGAGCUGGCCGAGGCCCACGGCCAGGCGGGGCCGGACAUCCUCGUCUCCAACGCAGGCUACGGCAAGCGCAUCCCGCACAUCAACGACAUCCCCGUCGACGAGUUCGACUUCACCAUCACCGUCAACCUGCGCGCCUCCUUCAUCCUCGCCAAGCUCGCCGUCCCGCACAUGCAGGCCGCCAAAUGGGGGCGCAUCAUCUUCGUCUCCUCCAUUGCUGCCAUCGGCGGCGGCAUCAACGGCUGCCACUACGCCGCCAGCAAGGCCGGUCUCACCGGUAUGAUGAAGAACCUCGCCAUGAAGCUGGCCGCUGACGGCAUCACCGUCAACGACGUCGCCCCCGCCAUGAUCGGCGACACGGGCAUGAUCCCCGACGCAAAGCUCCUCGAGGGCACCCCCGGUGACGUCCGCAACAUCCCCGUUGGCCGUCUUGGUGUCCCCCAGGAAUGCGCAAACGUCGUCACCAUGUUCUGCCGCACCGGUUACAUGACCGGCCAGAGUGUCCUGCUCGCCGGUGGUCUCCGCUGAGCAAGGGCAAUCUCAUCGGCCUUCAUUCAUCCAUUCUUCACCAAUUUCAAAAGAUACCCUGUAUAUAAACUUCAACUCUCCUAUCUUCCAAAAAAAAAUUGCAGUAUCUGGCCAUAAUGACUCUCCAUCAAUGCAUGGAUUAUUUGGACGUUGUAAACACAGGCCUGGCCAAUACCAUGAAAUUUUACCAAGAGAGAGAGAGAGAGAGAGAGACAUACUGAAUCCAUUGACUUAGGAAACACCAUUGUGGAACCAAGCAAGUUUGACAGUUAAAUCGAAUAUAGACUAGAUUGAGUAGUUGUUUAUCUG